AAAGCACUUAAGAUAAACCAAUCCAAACACCCUCGUUGUACUUGGAGUCAGACAUGAACUGAAUUCUUGGGGUGUUCCGAAGAGAUAACUAUCAAGUCCUUUUAAGUUUGUGUAGAUCUCACAUCUUGAGAAAAAAAAUCAUCUAGAUCUCUGCAUUCUUUUUGGUUAAGUAGCUAAUGGUUAUAUUCUGACCUUCCUUUGUUUUCUCCUUUAUCGUAGAGAAAACCCUGUUCAUCUUCGCAUUUUCCUAAUUUUCUUAUUCUAAAAUCAUAGCUUCUUGAUUGUCCAUAUAAUGGCCCCAAAAAUCAGUGUCUUCCUUUGCUAACCAAACAUGUAUGCUUUGGCAUCUUGAUGCCAUUUCCUUGCCAAGGAUAUAUUCACGUACUACUGUCGUUGCCAACUCGCCCAAGGGCAAUGAGAAGAUAUCUUUUUCUUUAGGGUGCUACUUUAGUGAUUGCUUCUGAGUGGUUUAAGCAUUACUAGGUUUUUGACUGAAUUCCAUACCUCAUGAGGAAGGCAAAGAGCCUACAUUGUUUGGAUUGAAUGUAUACUGGAUGCGAAGGUUGAGACGAGAAGAAGUGUGGACUUUUGGUAUGAUUCAACUCUCCGACAAUACAUGACAUUUCUAUGGACAUUGAGUUAAUUCUUAGUGUUAUUGGCUUUAGGGCAAUCUCAGCUCAAUGGUGUUGACUUUUUUGAGCACGAAAAUCCUUACCAUUUUCGAUGUGGUGGCUAUCGCCGGUCUUUCGGUCAAUGGAGAGGAGGAUCCCUCACUUUACCAGGAAAGCAGCUUUGGGUUCAAAUACAAAUGUUUCCAGGUCAAUUUCCCUAUAGAUUUCUGAAAGUCAAUUCAACUUAAUUGAGGUGAGUGAUGGUGAGCAUAAUGCCUUCUUGUUCGAUUGCUUGUGCUGAUACUUCCUUUAGACCAACUCAACGAUCCUUAUGAAAAAAGACCAACUCAAUUGCUAUUGUCUUUGAAUGUUACUAUGUUCACCUGAUCUCCUUUAGUAAAACUUUGGCUCUUGCCCAAUUGCCUUUUUCUCUGCUGUAUUGCUCCUUUUUCACCAAAGGUUGUGUCUUAUCUCUUGGUUGUUCAGCUUUUGGUUUAUCUUUAUUUUUCAUAGCCAAGGAAUUGGGAGCUGAUAGGGCUUGUCACAUAGAGCUCCUUCAACUGGUGUCUGUUGGUGAAUCUCGUUUAGAUAAACAAGGACCACCAGGAUCAGGAUCAGGACCAUUUAACUAAGUAGGCUAAGUUGACGCUAGGUGGUUGUUUUGACGGGGCAAUUGGAAUCUAUACAGGCAAAGAUUGCCACAACUACGCCUCAGCUGAGAGCUAUCAUUGAGAGAAACCAAUCAUCUGUUGCAGAGCAGUUUAGCUUGUUUCAUCAAUUUUCAUCCUUGGAUGACGUGAUUUUAUGGUUUUUUGAGCUAAAAGAAACUUGGAGAGGGACCACUCAGCUGCCAAGAGAAAUUUGUUGAUUGGUUAAUGGUGUGAAAGUAUAUAAUCAACCAAAAGCUGGAGAAGAAUAGCUGGUGACUUGGUGGAGUCUUCAACAGUCUAUGAGCUGUCUAUAUCCUACUCUGUAGUUGAAGAAUGUCUGAAGAUAUGGGCUGCUUUGCAGCACAAUUUAAGUCUCUGACCAAACCACAAAUAGUCAAGAAAGAGAGGAGUGAAGAAGAAAAGGCUGUUGCUAAUGGUGGGAAAGAAGAUAAUCAACAAAAAGAUGGAGCAGAAAUUAUUGGUGAUGUAAUGGCUUCAACAGUCACUGAACAAUGUUUAUGCUCCCCUGAAGGUGGUGAAGAUUUGUCUGCAGAUAUGGGGUGCUCUGCAGCAUCACUUAAUGCUCAGUCGGAACCACCAAUUGCGGACAAAAAGAGGAGUGAAGAGCACGAGACUGUUGUGCAUGCUGCAACACAUGUGAAACAAGUGAUGGUGUUGGAGACUGAAUUAUUUGAACAAAAGGGAAAUGUGGUGUUGCAGACACUUCUUCGGGCCCCAAGAUACUUUAACUUCAACGGAAGCAGAUGGGAAUUGUGCCAGAGAUGUGGUGAAGAAAACCAUGGAGCAGCAGGUCGUUGUCCUCUUGAAAAGAAGAAACGGCCAUGCUUUUACUGUGGGCAUUACGGGCAUAAUGGAAAAUAUUGCAAGAAGGUCACUGGUUGCUUCAUUUGCAAGAGAAGAGGCCAUUUAGCCAAAGAUUGUCCGGAUGCUAAAACACAGCCACAAGACCAAUCUUGUGAAUUUUGUUUAAAAUGCGGUGAUACGGGACAUGAGAUGUUCACUUGUACAGAUGGUUAUUGCUCUAGUGAUCUUGAGAAAAUUCAAUGCUGGGUCUGCAAAGCUUUUGGCCAUCUUUCAUGCAUAGACUACAAAGAUUAUGGACCAAAACAAGUAUCUUGCUACAACUGUGGGAAGCUUGGUCAUUUAGGUUCAGAUUGCUUAAAUUUACGUUGGAACAUUCCGUCAGCUUCUGUUCGCUGUAAGACGGGCAGGACUGGUCUUUCCUGCAGUGAAAGAAAUAACGGAGACAGAGAUCUUUUAUGUGAAGACAGAAAAUCUGCAAAGGUCCGGGAUCUUCUUCUGCAAAUGGAUGUCUUAGGCUCGGAAGUUGCUUCUAAGAAGAUCAGCAGAUCGAGAUGGAGGAAGCGCAAGCGACGACAAAGGAAAACUGAGGGUGGAAGAUGGGAAAAUGGCAGACAGUGUGGCAUACGACAAGAAUGCCAGUCUUCGGAAGAACCAAAGUCAAAUGUGUUGUUGGAACCGGCAGCAACGUAACAUUCAGGCACCACUAUGGUGUUUACUUUGGUGCACAAAGUAGUAUGCAAUUUCAGUCAUCUGAGCUAUAACCUAUAUCAAAUGGUUGGGUGAGUCCUACAACUUUAAUGUUCAUACUAGUGGAUGCUUCACACCACCCCAGCCCUCUAAACCGAUGUCCACAACAAAAUUUCACUCAGGAGAGCAGAAUUGAAAAUUCAAAUACUUUGCAAUGAUCUGUACUAAAGGUUCCUAAUAAUUAUAACUCAAACAGUUGAAGGCCCGGAA